AUGGACACACAGGUAACUUCAAAUGAGCUUCAGGAGCGACUUCAAGCUCUGACAGAAGAAAAUUUGCAGCUGCGUGACAAAAAUGACCGCCUCCUCACCAAAGUGGGCUACCUGGAGAGCAGACUGGGCCACCUGGCCAGCUCCAACACAGACCUGUCCUGCAGGCUGGUCCAGAGUGAGGAGGACAAACUGAAGAUAUCUAAGGAGCUUGUGGAGGAGAAAAUUCAGGCAAACAAGAUGAGAGAGCAGUUUGAAGAAGAGACGUUUGAGCUGAAAAACAAGAUAUUGAACCAAGCUGGUGAAAUAACAGAGCUUGAAAUGAAGCGAGACACUUUAUUCAGAGAACUCCAGUCUGCUGAGGCUCGUCUGAAAGUGGGAGAAAAAAGCGGCCAAGACCUGACAGAGGAGUACACCACGCUGAAGAAGAACUACCGUGCUCUGGCUAAGGCCCGGGAUGAAGAACUAGUUCAGAGUGAGGAGCUGAGUGCUGAGCUGCUGGCACUGGCUCAGGCCCAGGACGCCCUCCGCAGGCAGGUGGAGGAGCAGCAGCAGAGUGUGAAGACUACCACCCAGGGCCUGCACAGUGAGCUGGACAGGGUGCGGGCCUUGAUCAGCCGCAUGUCACACAACAGAGUCAAGGUUGAGGAUCUGGCAGCUUUGGACAAGGAGCAAAAAGCUAUGGAAAAAACUCUACUCGGAAACCAAGAUGAGAUCAAAGCCAUGCUGGAGAAAAUGAAGAACAGCUACGAGGAGCAGCAGAGGAAACUGGAGCAGAGAGUGGUGGCGAUGGGGAAAGAGCAGCAGGAGAACAAGAGGGCGAUCCGCAAUAGCCAGCAGGAGCUAUCUGAGCGGAGUGCGGCCUUGAUGUGCUCUCAGAGCCAAGUGAAGGAGGUCGAAGAAGAGAACUCAAAGCUGCAGCUUCAAGUCAAAGAGCUGAACGAGGAGUACCGUGCAAGGCUUGUGUACUAUUUACAAGACUUAGCUGAAUACAUUGAUGGACUUGGAGAAAGUAAAAGCCCGUCAGACACCUCUAAGAUGAGGGCACAUGUGGACAGCAUGCUCCAGGAUGUACGCUCAUCCCACAGGGUCAGGGAGGAACAGCUCGCCUCUGCUGCUCGCUCGUAUAAGAAGAGACUUCAGAAGGUCACCAAGACCCAUCAUGCUCUCCUUAUUGCAUACAGGGUUCAGAGGGAGCAGAUCUUGGCCGAACCAGACAGUAGUCUUAACCCUGGACCCCCAGAAGGCCACUUCAGUUUGGAGCCCGCUGAGCUCAGAGAUGAAACUGAGAAGGAGCUCCAGCACCUUCGCCAGGACAAAGCAAGGCUGGAGGGUCAGCUGCAGGCGGCCCGGGAGCAGGUGGCUGGCCUCAAAAUGCCCGUUCAGAAUUUAAGCCAUCAGGAGCCGGCAUGCGAGGAAUCCUGGACGGACAUAAGGAAACAGCUGAGGGAGAUGACAGAGGCCACACUGGUGGGCUUUGAGAAGGAGCGCGCCCUUCUCAUCACCAGAGCAACAGUUGCAGAGGCCCAGGUGUCAGAGUUGCAGGACUACAUUGACAACCACCUGGGCAGAUAUAAAGAGGAGAUCUCACAUCUCUGCAGACUGCACGGGAUACAGCAGGCUGGGCGUUCCCAAAGUGGUGCUGCUCAUGCUGGUGGUUUCACCAUGAAAGGCCCCAAAGAGAUCCCGGCCUUGAGAAAAAAAUGCCUGGAAUGUUUGUAA